AUGGAAAAUUUUGAACAAGAAAGUAUUUUGAUUGACUUGAUCCAACAUUAUUCCUUUUUAUACGACAAAACUAGAAAGGAAUUAGAGGAUAAUAACAUCAAAGAAAAUGCAUGGGGGAUAAUUGCUUCUGCAAUUGCAAUGUCAGAAAAUGAUGUUAAAAAAAUGUGGAAAAAUUUGAGGGAGCGCUAUGUUAAAGAAAAGAGGAAUGAUAAAAAUCUGCCAUCUGGAUCGCAGGCUCCAGAAGCAAUGUGGCCUCUUUACAGAGCAAUGAGUUUUUUGGACAAGCACAUAGCAACCGGGAAGAGGACAUCAAAUGUGGCAUUCAAAGUAUCAACUCCUAAUAUCUCACCGACAGAAUCCACUGUAGACAGUAGUAUGUGGGACAACAUGAGCACCAUAUUUGAAGAAAGAAACGAAGAUUCACAGCAAUCACAAGAAUCACAGCAAUUACAACAAUCACAACAAUCAUCAUGGAAUCAAUCUACAGGAGAAAAAAAAAUCCGGCUGAACUUUUCUGCUCUAGAAGAAGUACAGCAGCAACCGCAGCCUGGAACAUCAUCAACUCCUACUACAAUUAUUGUACAUCCCAAACCAAGUCCUAAACCGAGUCCUAAACCGACUCAACUCAAGAAAAUUGACUUAAACCAGUCGAUGACAGAACAGGCAGAUGUACUUCCUACAGGGCAUAAAAAAAAAGGACAGUGA